AUGAACACUCCGCAUACAUCACAAAGCCUCCUUUUGGAUCAUGCUGAAUCCUUGCAACCAUUGCCAAGUACUACCUCUGUUGAAGAAGUUGAGAGGAGGGCACAUGUUGCUUCUGUCGAAUCUAUUGACUUCGACUUCUAUGAGAGUGAGCAAGGCUUGGCAGUCACCGCGACAAAACGGAAGCGAAUUGUUCAAGCAGUUGCAAAGUGGAUAGCAAUCGCAAUCAUUGGUGUGGCAACUGGUUCUGUGGCAUCUGGUAUUGAUUAUGGUAUCGUCCGGCUCACAGAAAUGCGAUUUGGCCUCAUGAGAACCCUUGUUAGACAUGGCCUUAGUUCCACACUGCUUGUUCUGGCAAACAUGGCAAUAUGUACAAGUUUGGCUGGAAUUGCAGGAGCUUUGGUUUGCUUUGUUUCACCGUUGGCGGCAGGCAGUGGCAUUCCAGAGGUGAAAUGUAGGCUGAACGGAUUGGACCUUCCUUUAGUAGUGAAGCCACAGACGUUAUUGGCUAAAGCUUGUGGGGUGCUUUUCAGUGUUUCAGCUGGCUUGCCUUGUGGCAAAGAGGGCCCCAUGAUCCAUAGCGGCUCGAUCAUUGGUGCUCUUCUCUCAAAAGCGUUACAACUUUAUGAGCUGCUGCUUUUUCCGGAUCGUGAUGAACGAGAUCUCAUUGCUGCUGGUGGCGCUGCAGGUGUCUCUUCUGCCUUUGGUGCUCCAGUCGGAGGCGUUCUAUUUGCCUUAGAAGAGGGUGCAUCAUUUUGGAGCCCGCAAGUUCUGCUGCAAGCACUCUUUUGCUCUUCGGUGUCGGCACUGACCUUGAAUUUCUUCCUUGGAGGCUUUGACUCGUUGGGGUUUGGCACGUUGGGGGCAUUGGGAGUGCUGACCUUCGGCAGCUACUUCCAAAGUGACGCAACAAGCUACCGAAUAUGGGAACUGCCAUUUUUCUUUGGUGUUGGAAUACUUGGAGGUUUGGUUGGGGCGACCUUCAAUGCCCUCAACGUUCCAUUGACAAUUUGGCGACAGUGGUGCGUUGGUGCAGGCGGAACGAGACGCUUCUUUGAAGUCAUGACAGUGACAGCAGUGAUUUCAACUGCGUUUGUUUUUUUGCCUGCGGUGAUGCGCCAAUGCGUAGUUCCUGAUGUGAUAUCGGACCAACACGGGGACUUGAAGUUGAUUUGCGAUGCCAGUAGCGAAUCACGGCAAAACAGCAUUGAAUCUGCAUUGGGUUUAUUUAUGACUCCCAGCGAGGAUGCCAUCAAAGUGUUAUUCCAUGAUCCUGCGGCGUUUCAUCCGCUGUAUUUGGCUUUAUUUGCAGCAUUGUAUUUUUUCAUGGCAUGCUGGACUUAUGGAUUGGGAGUUCCAAGCGGAUUGUUCGUACCAUCUUUGUUGACGGGAGCUGCUCUUGGCCGUCUUUUGGGCGAAGGCCUCCAAGCGGUUUGUUCGAGGGGCCAAGGCGGCCCAGGCCUUCAUGUGUCUUCCCCUGGAGUCUAUGCUUUGGUUGGGGCAGCAGCAAGCCUUGGUGGCAUGGCUCGCAUCACCAUUUCUUUGGCUGUGAUUCUGGUCGAAGCAACUGGAAAUACACAAUUCAGUAUUCCAAUCAUUUUCGCUGUCUUGACCUCGAAAGCUGUUGGUGAUUGCUUCAAUCGUGGAAUAUACGACAUUCACAUUCACUUGAAGAAACUACCUUUUUUGGAGGCGCCCACAGAAGUUGAAUGUCAUAAGCAGCUCGUGUCCAGUGUAAUGACCCAAGAUGUCCGAACAGUAUUUCCCGUGGAAAGUGUUGCUCGGCUCAAAGAUUUGCUGGGAAGAAACUCCCACGGCGCCUUUCCAGUGGUCGAUUCCUCGAGCUCCUUCCGAUUUCAAGGGAUGCUCAGCCGUUCUGCUUUGCAGUCUGCUUUGCAGGCUCAAGUGGGUCUAGAGUCUUUUCAAGGAAGAGUCCUCCAGGGAUCGAAUGAUGGGAUGCAUUGCGACCAAAUGAUUGAAUUGAAAUCAUGGAUUAGUCCAGCAGCAUUCUCCAUCUCUAACACUGCCACUGUUCGCCGUAGUUUUGAUCUCUUUCGCACCAUGGGACUACGCCACUUGCCGGUGGUUGACAGUACGGGUACUUUGUGUGGAAUCGUCACACGAAAAGACCUUGCCGAGCACUGCACGCAUGAUUAG